CCUCCGCCGAGCAGCCGCCAACCGACAUUUCUAGCCCGACUGGCCAACACUCGUGACGGCCAUUGGAGAAGCCCUCAAGCGUGGCCACAGAGACUCCUCCGGUGCUUCCGAAGUCGAAAGUGUUUCUCAAUCCCCACAGUGCUUUGUGCCCAGAGUGCUCUGGAAACUGUUCCGCACACUAUAUCGCGCCAAAUCAAGUGCUGUUUUGAUUCAACUUCCGCCGGCGAAGGAAAAGUGUCACCGCGAGAAGAAGUAGUGGGAAAAGUGCCUUUUUGUGAUACUGAGAGAGAGAGAGAGAGAAGAGAGACAACAGAGAGAGAGAAUGAUGGUGUCCAAGUGUCAGAGUGUCGUAAAUAUUUUCCACAUCUCGGGCAUUCUCUGGCUGAUGCUCCUCGCAAUCGCAGUCCGGGAGUGCGAGGGCAGAGUUCGCAAGUCUUGCGGCUCUGAGUUGGCUGAUCGGAUAGCGAGUGUCUGCAAUGGCGAGUACAAUGAGCUCUACUUCAGCGACAGUGAGCCACACACGAGGGUGCGCCGGGGGAUCGUGGACGAGUGCUGCAAGAACAGCUGCUCGGACUCGAAGCUGAAGAGCCAAUACUGCCAGACCAGAGACGACUCGGACGCCGUGUCGGAUGACUCCAGCGUGUACGUGUCGAAGGAGGAGCAUCCGCCGGAGGAGCAGACCAAGAGCCCCUUCGAGCACAUCCUGCGCCACCUGAGGCUGUCGACACCGGAAAUUGGCACUGUGGCGCCGGAGUUCAAUCUCAGAGGAAUGAUACCACCGCAGUACAGAACACAGGACAUCCGCUUCCAUUAAUUUAUUUAUUUAACUCUAGUGUAGUCGCUUAGGCGGUGACAUUUAUUUUUUCGAAUUGCGCAGCGUCCAUGAGAGAUUUUAUGCUGUGAGAGAAAAAAAGGGAGAAAUUCAUAUGGUUUCAAAGCUAAACUUUCCAUCCUUUUAUGAAUACGAAAAGUUUCUCGACGAUAACAAGCUGAACAUUAUGUAGCCUUUGCCUCUGAAUCUCUUCCACAAUUGCGAUCGUGAUUCUGUGAAUUUUUAUUGUCAUGAGAGAUUUGGGCGAGAAAAAGCAGCGCAGAAAUCUCUGUUUAAAUGCUUGGACAAUUUUGCUGGACAAAAUGGUCCGAAAUGUGAUAUUUGAAAAUGUACAUUUCCUCAAAUCGUUCGCAGAGGAGUUCGACAUUUGUGAUAUUUACUGUCGUGUUGUAUCUCGGAAAAUGCCAAAAGUACGAGCAUAUGUAGAGGAAUAGAUGUAGCGAAAGAAUGGGUGAAAGUAGCAAUAACUUUCGGUGAUAAAUUGUGAUGGCACUGUAGUUUGUCACAACUUGUUCACACACAGUGCCUAUUUCUGCUCUCCGCGCGAUAGGCAGUCUCAAAAUAUACAUGAUAAACUUACACUAAAGACAAAUCUAUGUACUGGUUAUGAAUAUACAUAUUAAUCAGGCGACUAAUGGACACAUGAAAAUUGAUAAACCCCAGAAAGUUUGUAUACAAUUAUCAAUCUUAUGCUCCAGAACUGUGGAAUAUCGCUUCGCCCUGGACUUCACUAGCGAUGUCACAACAUCCGUGAAAUUUUU